GUUAGUUUCAAAAACAAAAUUCUAAUUUGACCAAAAAAGUUGUGGCAAAUACUAACUAACAGUUUUGUUAGUUUGGAACAUUUAUUUUUGUAAGGAUAUUAGAUUUGUGAUGAAUAAAAAAACAAACAAGAUCUCUUCUCCACCGACGUUUUUUGUCUUGUAUAUUGUAGAUUUGCAGACCCAUGUGUGCUAUGCACGACGGUCUACAAUAAAUUACGCCCAUUAUAUAAUCAGAAAGACGCAUUCGGAAGUCCUAUGUGAUAUUUUUGACUUAAAAUAUUUUAUUUAUUUAUCUUCUGAUUUACUGUUUUAGACUUUUGAUGGGCUUCGAUCUAAUUUCGUGUGGGCUUUAAUUAAGGGGGUUUCUAAUGAUGGGUAAUCGUAAUCUCUUUUGCUACUAUUAAAUCUAAAUGCAAUAAAAUUUUCAAAAGAAACAAAGAAGAAAGAGGUGGAAGCCCCCUUAGUCCAGUGGUUUAACUAAGGGUUCAUUAAUGUUUCUACACCAGGAGGUCUGCGGUUCAAACCCCAGAAAACGCAAAUUAUGCAGAUCAUGGAGAAAAAUGGUUACAAGAGGUCUUCAGCAUGGUGCAAGGGCGUAUCAUCGAACAUGGAUCUCAUAGGGCGGCUCGGAGCGAGAAUUGUCGGCUGUAGAAUCGUCUAUGUAAUAUUUCUCAUCGUUGUAAUAGCAUAAUUAAUCAGACGUUCAAAAAAAAAAGAAACAAAGAAAAAAUCUAGGGAAAUUGGAGUCUAUAGCAACGAAAAAAACGGUAAUUGACAGAGUAGCUAUUUUACCUAAUACACCAAUACACCAUGCAUUUUUUAUAUAAUAAUACUAUUAUGCCCUUUAACACAACCGGUAAAACUUGUAAACAAAAAAACACUAAUGUAAUAAUACUUACCUAACACACAUACAUCGUGGCCUUUGGAGAAUCACAUACUGAGUUGUUUCUUCCCCAUUUUUGAUCCACAGUAACCACCAAACCAUUUCUGGAGUAGCUUUGCCUAGGAGAUGCCCAUCUGCAACAGCUCGCUUGGCUACUGACGGAAAGCUUUGCGCAUCUGAAAUCUAUGGAGUCGCCGACAACGUAAAUGGCACAGCCGCGAGGUUCGUCAACUCUUCCUUCAAUCGCCUUAAUCUCUUCGGUUUACGAGGCGGUUACAUGUACUAUUUCCAUAGAUGUCGUCAGUUACACAUAUCUUUCUUGCCGUGAAUGUUCUUGAAUUGAUCGGAGAAGAUGAACAGUUUUUGUAACAUUGUAUUCUAUACUAUUUUAUGCGUAUGGAAUAGAAAUGUAAAACAAUAUGUAUUAUAAAUGUUUUAUUCAUGUUAUGUAAUGUGAAAUAGUAUGUUACUAUACUUAUUUAUGUAUCGUUCCAUUUGAUGAUUAAUAAAGAAAGUGUUAUUUUGUUCACAAAUAUGUAUUAUACUAUGUAUUUUGUUCCAUUCUAUUUGGGUUUAGGGUUUAUGCUUGGGUUUAGUGUUUAGUGAUUAAUUUUUAGGGUUUAGUAUUUGGAAGAUAUGGUUGAGGUUUGAUAGUGCCCCUAUCGUGUAUCGUUUCAUUUGAUGAGUAAUAAAGAAAGUGCUAUUUUGUUCACCAAUAUGUACUAUACUAUGUAUUUUGUUCCAUUCCAUUUGGGUUUAGGGUUUAUAUUUGGUUAGGGUUUAUAUUUAGAUUUAAGGUUUAUAUUUAUGUAAGAGUUUAGUGAUUAGAAUUUAAAGUUUAGUAUUUAUAAAGUGAGAGAGUAUGGUUAGGAUCAACAUUAAUUUUUUCUUUGCAAUCAUAAGCAUUCUAUAAAUUCACUAAUAUGUGCUAUGUUAUUUUCUUUGUUCCAUUCUAUAUGGAUUUUUGGUUUAUAUUUGAAUUUUUUGUUUAUAUUUGGAUUUAUGGUUUACUGAUUAGAAUUUAGGGCUUAGUAUUUAAGGGUCGUGGUAAGAUUGAGAUUUGGAUGUGUUUAGUGUUUAGGGAUUGUAGCUGGGUUUGUAAUUAUAUACUACUUCGGUGAUGUAGAAUAGAAUUCUCGGUGCAUAUGUAUGUUUACAUAUGGUUAAUAAAUGUAUACAUGGAUGACUCCACCAAAAGAAAGACAUCAUCUACUUUCUCUCACUUGUAACUGGAAACCUUUUAAGCUCUGGGGCAGAACCAGAUAAAAUGGAACAUAAAUAUCUGACAUUUAAUUAUGUCAAAAUAAUUGUUACUUACUUAAUUUAGCUCCCAAAUAUGGCUAUUACACAAAUAAGCCCAAAAAUCUACUGGUAAUAUUUAUAUUUGUGUUUGUGAUUACUAAUAUGUUGUUACAAAAAAAAGAUUAAUUGUAUGUAUGUUUUACGUUUUCAAUAAAAAAAUUAGAGCUUGACCCACACAUUUGUAUAUGUGUUAAUUUUUUAUCUUUUUAUAAAUUAUUUAAUUACAUUUCUAAAUACAUAAUUUAUUUGGAUAUUUUUAGGUUACUACAAACCUAUCUUAAUUCGGAAAGAUUCGAGUCCAAAUUCCGUUUAAAAUUUUAUAAUAUCCAAACAAAAUUUAAUUUUAAACCAAAAAUCUUCCGUCACACACCGCCCCGGAUACUAGGCAUGCAAUGCAACUAAGCCUACACGAAUAUGUCCGUUUUCUUCACACAUCUCAACUCGAAUGACUUCUUAUGAUUACAUCACCCACGCAUACUUUACGUAACGCUCUUAAUUACUACCACCUUUCAGUUAGCAUAAGAAACUUUGUUCUAUAACAAGCCCAUGGUAGAAGAUUUAAAGAAUUCACGAAGUCUAUAGGGAGAGGGCAAGAGAGAAAAUGGGUAAGAAAGAUACCAGAAUCCUUAUGAGAUUUGCAGUGCUUACAAUGGUUCUAACCGCUGCAAUAAUGGUGAAAGAAGUUACAAGCCUUACCCUUUGUAAAAUCGACUCAAACGAUAUGGAGAAAUGUCGUCCAGCCGUCACUGGAAACAACCCGCCGCCUCCAGUCAACGAGUGCUGCGUAGUGGUCAAAUCCGCUGAUCUUGCAUGCUUUUGCAGAUACAAGUUUUAUCUCCCAAUUUUAGGAAUUGAUCCAUCUAAAGUCGCGGCUCUUGUAGCCAAAUGUGGCGUUACAACAAUCCCUCGUAAUUGCCGUGCUUGAAGAACUGAGAUUGAGACAAUGAGACAGGUCUCUAUGGUGUUGUCAAAGAAUUGGCUGGAUCUUGUACUGCAUCUGAAUUUGUUAUGUUUUUUUUUUAGUAUUCUGAUCCAAAUAAAUCACAAAUUUGUGAUGAUUUUUCGAUAUACCUUGUGUAUAUAGAAAAACCAUGCGCAAUAUACUAAUGAAAAUGAUAAAUCAGUACUUUUCUUUUCUUGACUAUCCACUCAUCACGGCUUUUCCUGAGGAGAACCAAACGGAAAAACUGUUUAGUACUUUUCAUGAAUCAUAGGAAACUGAAGUUAGGCAACUUUCUCUGUUUCCAGUGUUGUGACUUCUGACUUGAAACUUUAGGAAGCAAAUAGUUCACAAAGACAGAGACCUGUUGUUACAUACGACAAGACAAUAUUUUGAUCUUUAUACAAUAAUCUCUGACUUUUCUUUUUUAGUUUUAAAAUCUAUAUGACUUGUAAAGGAUAAAACAAAAUACAAAGACCAAAACCCAUUUGGUCACGUGCUUGAGCAAGUUUUCAUUAACCAUCGGGAGACAUGUUCAUGCAACAGAGGUCUCCCACAUUUGUCCAUUUGCGUACAAGUUCUCGACGUCUACGGCACUGAGUCUUCACUAAAUAGAACGUGACAUGACUCGUACGUUUUACCAACUUUUGUAACUUACGUUUUACCAACUUUUCACGUAGCAUUAUAAGAAGCUCAUUAGAUUUAAGGGUUUCACCAUAGAGUUGAGAUAGAGAGUGAAUUAAAAAAAAAAACAAAUGGGUAAGAACAAUACCACAAUCCUCAUCAUUGCGAUGGUUUUAACCACGGCGAUGAUAAUGGAAGAAGCUAAGAGUUAUCCUAUAUGCAACACCGACACAAACGACUUGCAGAAAUGUUCUCCAGCUGUAACUGGAAACAACCCGCCAGCUCCGGGACCCGACUGCUGCGCAGUGGCUAAGUCCGCUGAUCUUGAAUGUCUCUGCCCGUACCUCUCCCUGUCCGGGAUUGAUCCUUCAAAAAUCAAGUCUGUUCUGGCCAGUUGUGGCGUGGGCAAUCCCUCCUGUUUGUCAUGAUUCAAGAACUGAGCUGGACACAGCCGCAGAGUUUGUCUCGACUUGAGAAGUCUAAUAAGUUAUGAUUAUGUAUUUUGGCGUUGUGAUUCAAAUAAAUUGUCCAAGUUUGCACUUAUUUUCAGUCGUCCUUUUUAAUAUAAUGUUAAAUCAAAUUUGAUUUAACAUCUGCAUCCUUUUGGAUUUGUUUCAAAUAAAUCAUGUUUAAAGUAAGGUUUGCAAUUUGUUUGAAUUA